AGCGCUAUUAUCAUUAGUCUGGCUGCUUUGUGCAUGGAUAACGACUGCGGUGUAGCAGAAAACUGGCCCGAAAAGAAGGUAAAGCUUGGUUCUCGUACGCAACUCCGUGUCUGGGUCACUGUUACACCGCAGAAAGUUUCCAAACAGCCUCAGAGGGAGAGCCAGGUUUGAGUUAGCUAGUGGUAGCUAGCGGAGCAACGGUUCGUGCACGCGACGCAGAAACCAAUCCGACUUGGUUUUACCCCACGCAGGCAAUGCAGUAUUUACACCACCAUUAACGAUGAUGCCCAUGCUUGUUUGUCACCUUCAUACAAGCACAAUGCAAACAACUACUUAAUUUUUGCCAUGGGGACUAAAAUGUCAUUCGGCAAAGGAAGCGGUGAUCAAAAUACAGAAUCUGAUUUAACUUCUGCAAGCUCCCCUUGCAGUUUUGUUCACGCUCCAUCAGACUGCAAAAAGACACCUGGGGGUGAGAGGUCCGGAGAGGACAUGAGUGCAACAGAUCUGAAUCGUUCUGCUCCAAGAGCGUCAGAACACAUGGAGUCUGAUGUCCAUAUGAGGUCUACAGCUGCAGAUCUAAAAUGUCAGCCAAGUGAGGACGUGUUGUCACAAAUGGGGAUGGACAGUGGACCUCAGCUGACCUCUGUGAACUCUCCAACAUAUAAGAAAAGGGCCAAACGAAGACGUGGUAGGCAUGUUAAAGGCAAACAGACUUUGACUGAAGAGAAAAAGAAUUCAGAGGCUGCUAGUUGUGAUUCAAAUCAGCAUAAGGAUGUCAGCACCACAAUAGCUUUGUCAGCAUCUUCCGUCAACCACAUCACAGGUGAUUCAGAUCAUCAUAUAAUCAGUGGAUCAUCUCAAGAUGAGAAAUCAGGUUCUGACGCUGUCCCGAGUGACAAAGUAGAUGGUGAGGUCACAUUGCAGGUAAGACGAAGAAGAGGACGGCCAAAAAAAUCAGAAUCUACAACUUCACAGCAAACUGCUCCAAAGACACCCACACCCCGUCAAUCUAAUAACCUCGGCUGGACCCUGAGGAGUAGAGGAGAGCAACACCCUUCAAUGGAGAACGGAAACUUUGAUAGCAAUACUGACAUACGGAUAACAGAGGGGAAUUCGACAGACGACAGUAACCCGAUAUACAAUCAUGGCAUUAGGAGGAGAAGAAGGACUAAGCCUCUGGUUAAUGAGAACGUUCCCGCCAAAGUGGCAAAGUUGGAUGAUUCCACAGAGGGUUCACCAGAGUUGAGCAAUGAGGCAGUGGAAGCAGAGACUGAUAAACAGGUGGAAAGCAGUGCUGAUAAACAGGAGACUGAUAGGAACAAUAAUGCUGAUGAGCCUUUGAUAGAAGAGUUGCAAUCCUUUCCAGAGCCCGAAAAGAGUCCUGGAGAGGAUGUGAACAGAUUAAAUUUAGUAGAGCCCUCUCAAACGGAAAGCUCUGAUAUAAAGAAGUCCUUGAUGACACAUGGCAGAGAGGAGUCUCCGUUACAAAUUCCUAAUUCAUCUGAUCAUCCAGUUGAUGCAGAUGUGCAGAGGGCAGAAACGGCUAGCAAUGCUUUAGAAUCAUCUUCUGAAAAAACGCUACAACCUAUAACUGUGAAAUCUGAGGAUAUUGAGGUGGAGGUCAAUCCUUUGCCUCCUUCGUCAGAUAAUAAUGCCUCUCAAAACAGUGCAGACACCUCAGUUACAUUACCAAACAGGGCUCAUACAGUCUAUAGGUGUAAGAAAGGUGGCAAAAGAAAAAGAAGAGUUUUUAAAGUUUCCACGAGCAACAACCAUGUAGAAAAACAGGAGGCUACUCCUGAAGUUGAACAGAAACCUGACUGUGGCAAUGUGAAGACAGAAGCCAACUCAGAUGUCAACGAUAAUAUCAUUUAUGUCAAAAAAGGGGGUAAAAACAUGCUAAAAUGCGGCUACUGUGGCCGUCUAUUUAAAUUUCUGUCUCAGUUGAUCGUCCAUCAGCGCAUUCAUACAGGAGAGAGGCCCUUCAAAUGCGCAGAAUGUGGGAAAGGUUUUACCAAAAACUCCAACUUGAAUCUCCACCUCAAGAUGCACCUAAAGAACAACAUGUAUCAAAAAUGCCAGCUGUGCAAAAUCAGAGUCUCCAUCUCGCAGUUCGCCAUUCAUAUGGAGACACAUACUCAGGGGGUGAACGAGCCGGCCCUUAUGUAUCCCAACAGGAGAAUAGAAAAUCUAAGACAACCGAUAAGAAACAGGAAUGCCCAGGAAAUUCAGAAGGAAUCUGCUGAGAAAAAAAGCAGCAAAACAUGUCAGUACUGCGGCAAGACGUUCCCAUUCCAGUCCGCCCUUAAGAGACACGUCCGCAUCCACACGGGAGAGAAGCCCUAUAAGUGUGACAUAUGUGGCAGAGCUUUCGGGCAGUCUUAUUUCCUCCGUGUGCAUGAGCUGACGCACUGGACUGUGAAGCGCUACAACUGCACCCGCUGCGAGAAGUCCUUCUCCCACUACAGCAAUGCCAAAAACCAUCCGUGCAAACCAAUAAGUGGCAGCAACGACUCCCAAAGCAACAGACGCAUAAAGCCGCUGCUGACGUACACGUGCUACAUCUGCAAGAACGUUUUCGAACACCUGCAGAACUUCAACAAUCACAUGAAGGAGCACACGGGCACCAAGCUGUUUCGCUGUUUGUAUUGCGACAAGCUGUUCAGCGUGAUGUCUGAUUUCGAAGCCCACCGGACUCGGUGCGCAGCGGAAAGGAACAUGUUCAGCUCAAUAAAAAAGGAGGAGAUGAUGUCAAUGAUUCGUUACAGAGUGCCUUCACAUAGCACUUCAAAAUGCAACAGUCCACCUCGUGUCGCGCCUUCGGAUUUUAAAGCCCAGAAAAAACAGCAAAGCAUUGUUCGCAAAAGACGCCCCGCUCACCUAAGCAAGCCCCUUCAGAUCCCAGUUAGCCCCCCUCUUCCUGUCUCUUAUAUAGUCUCAAAGCUAAACAAGUUGGAUAACAGAUCCGAUCCCAGGAAAUACUUGUGUCCAAGCUGUGGGCGUCAGUUCCGGCACAUGGGCAGGCUGAGGGCCCACAUGCUCACCCAUUCUCCCAACCAGACAUUCCCCUGUACCCAGUGCGGAAAGACGCUGGGAAGCUGGAAGAAACUAUGGAUUCACCAGAGGGUCCAUCGGCAGCCAAGCGGCCGUUUCACGUGUCCCCGGUGCGGGCAGGGUUUCCGAUUCGCCAGUUCUUACAGAGAGCACAUGAAUCAGCACCCUGACUACCACUGGAUCAAAGAGAGGCCAAAGAAAGUUUCACUGCCUUAUCAGUGUGAGCAGUGCACAUGUAGCUUUGGGACUCUUGAUCUGCUGUUCACCCAUCAACUCUGCCAUUCGUCAGUGCUAGACCUACGCAAGGAGCCCAAUUUAGUGUUGCUCACUGAUGCUCACAGUUCUCAGUCGAGAACCAAAAUUGGCCCACCUAGCAAAUUUGCACCAUCAGCUGGCCGAACUAGCUCUGUUUUAUACUCAUCACAAAAACAACCAGAUCUAAAUCCUCAAAUGCAACCUUUAGAUGUAGAUUACUCUACUCAUUCUCCCAACAGGACACAUUUAAUCGGCACCAACAAAGUUAAAGAAAAUGGCCCUGGAAAACCUUCUACAAUCCUAAAACAUGUGAACUCAACCUGGACUCAAAAUACCAGCAAAUCAAACAAAGACUCCUCAGACAGUUUAGAGUGUGCUGUGUGUGGAGUUGUAUUUCCUACAGUCUCAGACCUUUUUCACCAUUACAUGGACCAUGCAAGAGGCCUGGCUUAAAAUAACAAAUUUUAGACUUGUGUCAGAGUCCUACACAUCACUGUAGAGUGAGGUUAGACCAGUGCCACUGGGAGGUUGGGGUUAAGAGUUUACAUUGAAAGAAUUAUAGGAUAAUCUAAAGACACCAGCUUAAAUUUAGAAAGAUGACUAUGUAUGAUUCUUCCCCUUUAACAUGAGAUCUGGGUAAAAGAUAAAAACGAUAUGAAGUUGCUUGUGCUAUCAGCCAUGGGCCGGUGAAUGCCAUCAAGGUAUACUAAGGUUUAAAAAAAGCAACAUCUUCAUUAGGUAUAAAAUUUUAUAAUACAAAACAGAAAUAGGGCACAAUGUUGCUCUUGAAUGGCUUAUUAGCUAUUAAAAAUUGUCUCUUUUUUUUCUCAUACGGAUAAGUACCUAUUUGGUUGUUUGAGAAUAUUCUCUUACACCAUUUCCGUUUGUUUUCUUAAUACAUAUUUUUACACAAGGUUGUCAUAGAUUCUUGUAUUCAUGGAGACAAGCCCAUGCCUAAUUGGUAAAGUUUAUUCUGUAUCUGCACAUUACCCUAGUUUGUCAACGUAGUUUCUGUCAGUUUGAACUACCUGAAAACCUUUAGAUGUGGAGCUAUAUACAACUUUUAAAUUGCUCAAAUCCCCCAAGAAUCUUCCUCUUGAUCAUCAGGAAUUUAAUAAUGACUUGAGAAAGUUUUGUUACAUGUGCCUGUUCUAAAAUAACAUGAGCUGUAAGCAGACUACUUUGAAUUGAUGGCUGAAUUGCAGAGGAUGCAAUUGAUUGUGAAACGUCACUGUGAACUGAACAUCCGCCUGGUGUUUUCUGAACUUGGUUUAUUUCUAUGGGAAUAAUCAGAAAUAAAAAGUGAUUUGGUCGCAGACACCCAUCAGUAUUUUCUAAGAUUUUAAGACUGAUCACCGGCUUUAUUCAUGUUCAUUAUGAUGGAUUUCAAUUUGAUAACAUCCUGAUCAGUACACUGGUCGACAAACAUGCUCCUCCUGUUAUAUCUGAACUCUCGCAGAACAUUAAUGUUUUGCUCCUUGUCUUGUUGCCUUGAGUAUUUUGCAACCAUGAAAUAGUUUUUUUUUUUUUUUUUUUUUUUUAAGAAACCGUCUUGUUUUGUUGUACAUAAAUUUUUGCUAUAGUUUGUCUCAAAAAUAAAGUUUCUUUUUCCACAUAAAAACGAUGUGGCUGAUUAAUCCUUUUAUUUUCUUGACGAUGAGAAGAGCCUUGACUCCCAACACUAAUACAGUUAUUGGAACCUUUGUAACAGAUGUGUAAAACGUUUGAAAAAACAAAGAUGUUUGAACAUUGCUGGAUUUAAUAUUUGGCUCGUCAUCAGACAAACUGAUACAAAUCAUAAGUCCUGCAGUGUGCAAAUCUCGUUUAUUCAACACAAAUUACUGAGUGAGUUUGCUUUUAUUAUAACUUACAUACAGCUGGUAAAAUAAGUAUUAGAUGCAUUGAG